UGUUAGUACGCCAUGUGCCGAUUUUGACUCACCUGUCUUUAUGCUACGAUUCUAUAAUUAAUUUCCAGUGCAAAGUAUUGUUUUAGUAAGGAGGCAGUCUUCAAUAUGAGUUACGAUAGAGCACCGCCAGAUAUUCAUGGCAUGGUUUCACUGAAGGUCGAUAACUUGACGUACAGAACAAGUCCCGAAGAUUUGCGGCGGUCAUUUGGCAAAUAUGGCGAAAUUGGUGACAUUUAUAUUCCCCGGGACCGGUUCACGCGCGAAAGCCGAGGCUUCGCUUUUAUCAGGUUCUACGAUAAACGGGAUGCAGAAGAUGCAAUGGAUGCGAUGGAUGGACGAUCAUUAGAUGGCAGGGACUUGAGAGUAGCGAUGGCACGCUAUGGUCGACCAGAUGAGAACCGAUCGCGCCACCGGGGCGGUGGAGGCAGGCGUGGCAGUUCACCAAGACGAAGGUCGUAUUCUCGUUCUCGCUCGCGAUCCCGCUCGCGGUCCCGAUCACGCUCUCGCUCGCGAUCAAAGUCGGCGAAGAGAGAGCGCCGUAGAUCGACGAGGAGCCGCAGCAAGUCGACGAGCAAGUCGCCGCGAAAGGUCAAGACGCCGAGCAAGUCGAGGUCGCGGUCUCGUUCCAAGUCUCGAUCGAGGGAGAAGUCGACUUAGGCGGCCGAUUCUGCGCUCGCUCGCAGUUGCGGGUUUUUCUGCUCGGGACGCCGCUGAGGAUCACGUGGCAUGGAGAGCUUCUCCUCGUCCACAUAUAUUGUAAGAGUGUUUGUACGAAUGUUUUAUCGUUGCGUUGGCUACGGCGAUGCGGGGCCUUCAUGUUUAGGUGUAUUUAGUCGGAACUGUCGUGUUGUAUCAGUGGGCCAGUGUCUCGCGUUAAGACAGUAAUGGAUCGUACGUAGCCAAAAUAUUCAGUGGGAAAAGUGUAUCUUUUCAUUUUCCGAGACAUUAUCUGUUGCGAUUCACCUUUGUGGUCAUCUCUAAGCAAGCAACGAGAACAAAUUAUCUACCUGUCAUGAAUAGGUGAAAAGCUUACGCAAGUGUUUCAUAUGGAAUGUGUUCAUGGUGUUAGCGUUAGUUAAUUGUGUGCAUUUUAAUGGGACAUCUAGAUUGGUGUGCUAUUUUGGGGAGGGGGGGGGGUUGUGUGAUGAGAUAUAAUAUAUCUGAGCUACAUGGUUUAAGUUUACUUUAGGACAACAAUUUUCCUGUUGUGAUUACCUAAAAGUUGAAGUUGGCAUGUUGCAUUUUUAUCAAAAUUUAUUUUUUGUGAACCUUCUAGGUGUAAGUACACAGGCCAGUGUUUCAAAUUAGAAUUGUGAGCUGCUGGUGUUUUUAAGUAUGGUGUUUGUUUGUACUUUAUAAUUUCGUUGUAUAAUUUUCUUUGAAUAAACUUAUUUCACACUAUUGAAGUGCA